AUGCCUAAACACAGAGAAUUUCAUACUGAUACUGACCCCUUCUGGUUGGAAGACAAUUUUCUGACUGAUGAGUCAAUGCCUCACUACGACCCAAACGCAAAAGAUGAUAAAUCAUCUUCAAGCAUGUCCAACAUGAAUAUGGACAAAAAGGUUGACGAAAUGAAGGAUUUCACCAAAGGUGUGCAAGAUUCAUUACACGAAUACAAAAUGCCAACGAUGGAAAGCAGUUCCAAAAGUAAUUCCAAAUAUCAACAGCAUGAGGAGCCCGUUGAUGACCUCCUCAACUUUUUGGGUUGA